UAGCCAGCUAGCAACCGAGCCAGGCGCAUAAUGAACUGCUGUUAGUUAAUCGUAUUAGUUAAUCAAUGUUGCAGGCACAUUGUGCAAAAGUGAAACGCUGUGCGGCAAGGUUACUAGUGAGGAGGAAUAUACCCUCAUUGCCAAAGCUAAAUACCUAGCGACGCUAGUUAGCCUAGCAAGUAAUGAGCAGGUAGACUAGUGUGGUAGCUAGCAAGCUAACUGUUGUCCAUUUCCCCGCAUUCUACUUAGUUAGCUCACGGUGGGUUUUUGUGUUGCGUUUCUGGUCUAUAAUAUGAUUUUAGGUUUGAUCAAGAUACUUCUGUUUUAGGCCGACUAAUUGUACGUUACCUGCCAUAUAGUUAUAACUAGUAAAACUAAGACCCAGCAUAUCUAGGGCUAGCUGGCUACCUAUGUUUUGAAAAUGAAAUUCAUUCAUUUGAACAGCUGGAAUUUUUUGACUGCCAUGUUUUGUAUUGUAGCUAAGUGUUGAAGUCUCCUGAAUAUUUCAGACGGUUAUCAGUUUGCCCCGCAGGAUGGAAGGGGUGGAGGAGAUGGAGGUGCGGCCUCCGUCUAAACACGCAGAGGCUGAAGUCAGCUUGAUGGAGGCCGAGAGGCCUCCCAAGAGGAGGGAACGCCAGGGGAAGUCGCCUAGGAGACGGCGGGAUGUGAAGAGGCGGCCGGAUGAUCAUGAACAGCUGCUGAGGCGGCGGUUACCAGGACAACCAGAAUACUCCGAACCUGCAGCAUCCACAGUGGAGACCGGCGAGAGCUCCCCAAAGAGAUGGGACAGGUGCAGGCGAGGCCACUUUCUGCAUGGACCAUACCCAGCUACUCACUUUGGACCCAAGGCCUGCAUUCUGCCAAACCCCACCUCAGUCAUGCACAUCCAGGACCCGGCCAGCCAGAGGCUCACCUGGAACAAACCUCCGGUCAACGUGCUGGUGAUCAGGAAGAUCCGAGACGAGAGUCUGCUCGAGCCCUUUAAGGAGCUCUGCAGGUUUCUCAUCCAGGAGAAGCAGCUGGUGGUGUACGUGGAGAAAAAAGCAGUGGACGAUGCCGCUCUCUUGAAGGACGAGGCGUUUGGUUCUAUUCGCAACCAGCUUUGCACGUUCCGGGAGGGCUACGAUGACAUUUCGGACUGCGUGGACCUCAUCAUCUGUCUCGGGGGCGACGGGACCCUCCUUUAUGCUUCCUCACUGUUCCAGGCGAGUGUCCCCCCGGUCAUGGCAUUCCACCUCGGCUCCCUGGGCUUCCUGACGCCGUUCAAGUUCGAGUCAUACAAGACAGAGGUGGCGAAGGUAUUUGAAGGGAACGCGGCCAUCACGUUGCGCAGCCGUUUGAAAGUGAAGGUGGUGAAGGGCAUGUCGCAGAGGACGGGGCAGUGCUACGGGGAGGAGAACGGCGUCGCGCCCCCGAGCCACAGAGACGCCGAAGCAGGAAAGACGUCGCUGCAGCUGCAGGUGCUGAAUGAGGUGGUGGUGGACAGAGGCCCCUCCUCCUACCUGUCCAACGUUGACCUGUACCUGGACGGCAGGCUGAUCACCUCGGUGCAGGGAGACGGUGUCAUAGUGUCCACCCCCACAGGCAGCACUGCCUAUGCUGCGGCCGCGGGGGCCUCCAUGAUCCACCCCAAUGUCCCCGCCAUCAUGGUGACCCCCAUCUGCCCACACUCCCUGUCCUUUCGCCCCAUCGUGGUGCCGGCCGGUGUGGAGCUCAUGAUAACGCUGUCCCCUGAUGCACGGAACACAGCCUGGGUGUCUUUCGAUGGCAGGAAGAGGCAGGAGAUCCAGCACGGGGACAGUAUUAAAAUCACCACGUCCUGCUACCCGGUGCCUUCCAUCUGCUGCCACGACCUGGUGUACGACUGGUUCGAGAGCCUGGCCGAGUGUCUGCACUGGAACGUCCGCAAAAAGCAGACCCGCCUGACGGACGUUACCGAUUCCUCCGACACAGAGAACUGAGCCCCCCCCCCCCUCCCCC